UCAAUAUAAAAGCAAAACAUUAGUAUUUGAAAACAAAACUUAUUUCAUACACCAACCCUGAUAAUUCGCUUGUAAAGUACUGAUCACUAUAUUCGCUAUUGAACAUGGGGCUGUUUCUCUCUCGCCUGGCAGACUUGUUUGGAGAAUGGGGACAGACGGAGGCGCGUGUCGUUAUGUUGGGACUUGAUGCUGCAGGGAAGACGACAGUUUUGUAUAAGUUGAAACUGAACGAGACCGUGUCCACGAUUCCUACGAUCGGGUUUAACGUGGAGACUGUGUCCCCCGUGAAGGGCCUCACGUUCACAGUCUGGGACGUUGGCGGUCAGCAAAGGAUUCGCCAGUUGUGGAUGCAUUAUUACAGAAAUUCAGAUGGUCUGAUGUACGUAGUUGACAGCUCGGACCGGAGUCGGAUGGCGGAGGCCCGGGAGGAGCUGUUUGGUAUCCUUGAGAGUGACGAGAUGAGGGGCGUUCCUGUCGUCGUCCUCGCUAACAAACAAGACAUGCCUAAUGCCCUGGGAACAGCGGGUGUGGCAGAGCAGCUGCAUCUCAGUAAACUGAGGGACCGGAAGUGGUUCGUUCAAAGCACUUGUGCGCCGACCGGAGAGGGAAUCUAUGAAGCCAUGAGCCAGCUAUCCACUAUGGUGAAAGAAUUUAAGAACAGGAGAUAGGUCACCUUGAAUCAAGACAUAUCAUCAGCAUCUUUAGUGGCACCGUCUCACAAAUCCAGGACACCACAAGCGCAUGAUGUCCGGUAGUCGAUUUGAAAACCAUGAAUUGAAAUGCCUAUCGUCAAGAUCCUGGCAGUCUCGUCGAUCUCCGUGUUCAUCUCGAUGAACUUAAGUUUUUUUUGACGGGAAUGGGGAAGAGAAGCACAUAGGACCAAUGUAAUUGUGCAUUACCAUGUAGGGUAGCUGAUUCCAGCGCGUCACGGAUUUUCAUUCUAUAGUAACUCUUGAUGAAUUCCACAUGCAUGUUUACUUCUAUUACCAUAUUAGAGAACAUCAGGUGGUCAAAUGAAAAGUGAAUUUUGGCCAUGAGUGUCGUGUAUGUAUGUGUAAAUAUGCUCAUAAUUUGUACGUCUUGAUGUUUUUAAAAAAACAAAUACAUACACAAUUUGUGAUAAAGUGUCGUAAACAUGGUGUACGUGUUCGUGGCAAUCCGAUAAGAAAUUUAUUAAACUUGUUUACUAAAUGUGAUAUUAUGUUUUUCAUUGGCUCGUUUUCGGGAUUUUUACUCUUAAUUAAGUUCAUAUUGAAUGACUAUACUCGUGUUAUUUAUAUUAUGCUCACUAUGUCAUGUGUUAUAGUUUUGAAUAAAUAA